AUGAAAGCUGCUUCUUUUCCCUCUAAAUUCGCAAAUCUAAGCUUGCCUUCAGGCCGUUGCGCUCUAUACUUCCGAUCACCGGCUACGUUUCUGUCGCCGGCAUUAUCUUCCCCGGUAUCGACUCCUUGUCGGAAGCUGACGAGAAGAAGAAAGGGUAUUGAAGGCUUGAUGUCCCAAACGUCAUCGUCUCAGUUAUUUUCAUCUCUAUCGACUUCGUUCACCCCUCAACCAGAAUCAGAGUUAGCUCAGGUUCAAUUAUCUUCUCCGAAGCCAAAAUCUCCGCCUCCACAGUUCCCAUGGCUCAUAGUCGGUCUGGGUAAUCCCGGCAAGAAGUAUCAGGGCACUCGACACAAUGUUGGUUUUGAGAUGGUCGACGCUUUGGCUUAUGCAGAAGGGAUACCCAUGAACACCGUGAACUUCAAGGCCUUGUUUGGCAAAGGCGUGAUUGGAAAUAUACCGAUAAUGUUGGCGAAACCUCAAACUUUCAUGAACGCCAGUGGUGAGUCUGUUGCACAAAUUGUUUCCUUUUACAAGAUUCCGCUGAAGCAAGUACUUGUGGUUUACGAUGAUUUGGAUUUGCCCUUUGGUAAACUUCGUUUAUUGCCAAAAGGUGGUCACGGAGGGCACAAUGGGAUGAGAAGCAUUAUAGAUCGUCUCAAAGGGAGCCGCGAUUUUCCUCGUCUACGAAUAGGGAUCGGACGGCCUCCAGGGAAGAUGGAUACAGCAAAUUAUGUUCUUCGCCAGUUCAAUAAACAAGAACAGGAAGAGUUGGAUUAUACAUUUCAAACCGGGUUAGAGGCAGUCAGGAUUAUGCUGCUUGAAGGGUUCAACAAAAGUGCAACCUUUGUCAACACUCAAAAGUCUAUGGAGCAGCUCAGUUAA